UGCAUUUACUUCUUCCAAUUUCUUGCAUUUAUCAUAAAAAUUUGACAAAACCACCACAUAGAGCAACUUCGCUUGCUGAAUUUCAUCCUUGUAAAAUUAGUGUCAUCUCUCCGCUUUUCAUUUGGUAUCGACUCCUCUGCGAAGAAGAACAACCCUUAUAGUCUUUUCAUCUUUUUAUUCACUUCUAGGUUUUCUUACACUGAAUCUAAGUUAAAGGUACUGGUUGAUUUGAAUCAGGCAUACCCUUUGGUCAAUUUAAAGGGACGUGUUGAGGCGAACAAGAAGAUUUAGGGUCAUCAUGUGAAAUUGAGGUUAUGCCACAUCUGAACUCAGUUAAGAUUUAAGGGGCUCCACGCUGCGGGUAACUCGGAGGAACUAGAUAAGUGGGUAACUGUUAAAUGCGAAGGAGAAUUCAGAAUAUCCGCAUAUCAAGAAAAGGAAAAUGUUGUACCAAGUGGAUGUGGGCUUUUCAGUUGAUGAAGUUUCAGCAACCAUCGACUCAUAUAGUGUGUAUCCAUCUGUACCAGACAAAUGUUAACGAGGUUCGCCGGCACAUCUAAUAAAGAGAUGGAUUGUUGGUGGAAACAAAGGCUGGACUUCCAAUUUUAACUAUACUAUUUGGGCUAUCAAGUUCGAGAAAGAUGAUUGGCUCUAGAUUGGAAGGAUGGAAGAAAGCUCUGCUAAAUGCUUACUUGGUGAAUGAAUAUACGUCUAGUUCCGGGGGAGGGAUUUGGUAAUUUCUCAAUUAAGGUAGUUCUUGCUAUCAAGUUAUCAGUCAGUAUUUUCUGGAGGAGAGCAAGACUUGUGAAUAUUUUUUGGCAGACCACGUCACAAUGGACAAAAACCUCGAGAAAAGGAGCUUUUUUGCGUAUGACAGGAACCAACAGAAUGUGUUGCAGGAGACAAGACUGAUUAAGGACAGAAAACAGGCCAAAAAAAUGACAAAAGGGGCAGAAGCUAUGAUCCGGAGAUCAAGUAUCGAGUAUACUUUUCCUGUAUUGUCACAACCAAUGGAGCUUGGAGCAGACAUUAUAAUGCACUUGGCUACCAAAUAUGUAUAUGGGCAUGUGGAUGUCAUGGCAAGAUUUCUUGCUGUCAAGGGAGAAAGGUGAACUCAGAAUAUUUGCGUAUCAAGAGAAGGAGCACUUAGUGGGUAGGGGCUUUUCAGUUGAUGAAGUUUCAGCAACCAUCGACUCAUAUGGUGUGUAUCCAUCUGUAUCAGACGAAUGUUAAUGAGGCUCACAGGCACAUCUAUUUAAUGGCUCUUGUAUGCAGGCUAUACAGGAGGGAGUUGAUGCUGUGGUUGCAGUUAGAGGUGAUGUCACUCUUCACGAGGUUCCUGUCGUCUAUCUUCAAUGAAACCAAGUGGUUUCUUGGGUUCUUUUUUGUGAUGGUAGUCGUGGACUUGACAUCGAAACAGGAAAGAUGGUAGUCGUGGACGUGACAUCGAAACAGGAAAACAAGAAGUAUUAUCGGUGUUACAUGCUUUGGCUUGAAUUGGCAGGUGGUAAAUGGCUUCUUCUGGGCAGGACUAUUUCAUACCAUGACGAGGGAAAUAGUCACACAGCUAUCCUUGGCGUAAGUGGUUACUUACACAGCUGUAUUCUUAUAGUUAAGUCAUUAGAUUACAUAAUCCAAUGUACACCAGUGAGCCUAUUGGCUUUUCUAUAAAUGUUGUAGUCCUCCGUCUUGUAGCCCUUGUUUGUUGAGUGAUAAAAAUGACCCAUAGGAAGCCGUAGAAUGAGGGGGACUGGGAAUUAAUUCAUCAAGCAACAGCCCUCUGUGCAGGAAACGCGAAGUUCUUUGGUGGAGGAAUGGAGAUGACACCUAAAGCUGACCCUUGUAAUGGAUAUCUUCAGGCAGUUAAAUCAAUAACCUAAUUGUCCUAGAAAUUUUUCGCAAGCAUUUUACUUCCGUCACAUGAAAUACUAACUCUAUUGUUGGGCAGCUUCAAUUGCAAAUGAGCAACC